AAAAACAAAUAGAAGAAGAAGAACGAUUGUCAUGAGAGACGCGGGCCAGCACGGGCGCUCUGGUUCCCCCUCUGUCAUUGUUCGUACCUAAGUGUUGCUCUGCAGUCGCCAGGCGAAGAGAUCUGCGGGUCAGAGGAAAAUGGCGGACGGUGUUGAUCAUAUCGACAUCUACGCCGACGUAGAGGAGGAAUUUAAUCAGGAAGCUGACUACCCAGUCCACGAGCAGAUUGAUCUGUAUGACGAUGUAAUAUCUCCAUCUGCCAAUAAUGGUGAUGCUCCAGAAGACCGUGACUACUUGGACACACUUCCUGCACCAGGUGGUACAGAAGGAGGGAAGAGUGCCCCACCCAACGUGGUGUACACAUACACAGGAAAAAGGAUUGCUUUGUAUAUAGGAAACCUCACAUGGUGGACAACAGAUGAGGACCUGACAGAAGCCAUUCUGUCAAUAGGUAUCACAGAUGUGCUGGAGAUCAAGUUUUUUGAAAACAGAGCCAAUGGCCAAUCAAAAGGAUUUGCUCUGGUGUGUGUGGGCUCAGAGGCAUCAUCCAGGAAGUUAAUGGAGCUGCUGUCAAAGAAGGAGCUUCAUGGUCAAAAUCCCAUUGUCACGCCUUGCAACAAGCAGUCCCUCAGUCAGUUUGAGAUGCAAUCACGUAAAAGUACUCAGUCAGGCCAGAUGUCUGGAGAAGGUAAAGCUGGUCCUCCUGGAGCAGGCCCCCGUGGAGGUUUCCCCAUGGGGUGUCGAGGCAGAGGCAGGUUCCCUGGACCACCUGUACCCGGAGGAGACCGCUUCCCUGGUCCUGUUGGGCCUGGGGGGCCACCACCACACUUUCCUGGCAUGGGGAUGAGACCAGGUCUGAUUAGGCACCAAGAUGGCCCUGUGAUGGAUAUGGGUUUCAGCUCCUUCCCGCCCGGGGGCAGGAACGGGAGCUGGCAUGACAGAGGUGAAACACCUCAAGGUCCUAUUGGACCCCCCAUGGCUUUGGCUCCACCUCCACACAUGCCAGGUCCCCCACCAGGUGGACCGCCACCAGCCCCUCAUGUCAACCCAGCAUUCUUCCCCCCACCUGGUAACAGCAGUAUGCCCCCCAAUGACAGCCGAGGGCCCCCAGGGCCUAAUGACCCAUACGGACGCCCUCCGCCAUAUGACAGAGAUUACGGUCCUGGAGGCCGGGAGAUGGAGGCAUCACGGACUCCUCUGAGCGAGGCAGAGUUUGAGGAGAUCAUGAACAGGAACAGAGCCAUCUCCUCCAGUGCCAUAUCUAGGGCUGUGUCCGACGCCAGUGCAGCUGAUUAUGGCAGUGCUAUAGAAACCCUCGUGACUGCCAUCAGUCUGAUUAAACAGUCCAAAGUGUCAGCAGAUGACCGCUGUAAGGUCCUCAUCAGUUCUCUGCAGGACUGUCUUCAUGGCAUUGAGUCAAAAAGCUAUGGCUCUGCCUCCAGGCGAGAGCGCUCAAGGGAACGUGACCACAGCCGCUCCAGGGAAAAGAGCCGACGCCACAAGUCUCGCAGUCGAGACCGGCACGAGGACUAUUAUCGAGAACGCAGCCGCGAGAGAGACCGCCAUCGCGAGAGAGACCGGGACAGAGACCGGGAAAGAGAGCGGGAGAGAGAGUACCGACACCGCUAGGCGAAAAGGGAGGUAGCUCACGAGGAUCAAGGAUGAAUGGAAGGAAAAGGAGGAACACUUUGUGCACCACUGCUUCCCCACCAUGCAUGACCAGCGAAGAUUUACAACCACCACUACUUCUUCCUCCACUCCUCCAUCUCUUCUCUCCUUCUCCACCCAUCCUUCUCUCUGUUCAUCUUGCCUGCCUGACUAAGAGCAGUGGAUGGAAGACCCUGACCUGUGUAAGGCUGUGUUUUCCAAACCUUUCUCAUAGUAACUAAAGGUGAAAGAAAAACUUUCCAAAUUGCUUUUAUUUUUUUUAUUUUUUGUGAACGUGUGUGAUGCUUUUUUUUUUUUUUCUUUUUGAAAAGAAACAAUAAAAUGGCCUGCAUGACCCCCAGAUAGAAUAAUAACCCCCCCAUUUUGUUUUGUUUUUUGCCCUUGGCUCACUGUGCUGUGUACGUUGAGUUUAGAGAUGAGAUUUUAUAGGGUAUAUUUGGUGUUUUCCUCCCUCUUAUUCUCUUUUUUUCAUUGGUAGUAUGUUUGUAAAUGUCUGCUUUUGAUUAAAGAUUAGAUGGUGUUGUAAUAAAAAAAAAGUUACUGGGGUACUCUGCAUUUGGUGAAUUCCUCUACCCAUUUGAAUGUACAUUUUUGGACUGCAGAAUGUUUUUCAUAAUGAAUAUCUAUUUUUAGUUAAUAUUUUUUUAGCUAAUGGCUUUAGUUCUUUUUUUCUUCAAAGGGAUACAUUUUCUACAAGGUAAGAUCAAUUGAAGGUAUGUAUGAUUUUGCAAUGUGCUCUGAGUAGAGGAUGGGAGAAUAUCAGACUUUAUCAACAAGCUGAACUAUUGUGCUGGUAAAGGCAGCUUUGAACCUCACACUGUAAACCAAAAAAAAAAAAAGGACGGAUAAUGUUCACAAGUGGUUUCAGAUGUUUGUGAUUACACUAAGUAGUCGGCACUAGAACAUUUCCCACCAAAUUGUCUUUCGAGUCUCUACUAUGUUUUGUUAAUGUGAAAUGCAUUCAUUCAAAGAUUUGACCCAUGUUUGUUUUAUCAGCCAUUGUAGUUUAAGCCUACAUGUAAUUGGUCUUUAUUCAAAUACCAAUCAUGUUUGGUGAAAAUUUGCCAUUUGCUCCUACGUUCCACAGGGCCAUGUUUUUGUGUGUUUGCUUUUAAAACUCUUGCCUCAUAAAGGCCUAAUUCAGUACAGCUUGUUUCUAUACAUUCUAUACAUGUUUUAUGAAUUAUGGAGCAAAACACUAACUUCGUCAUAUUAUGCAGUGCGCUGCAUCUUUUAUUCGACCGUCCAUUUGUUUGUCUUGCGUUGUUGAAAUAGAAUGUCAACACUUUGUCAUACAGAGCUUUUAAAUGAUAAAUGUAAUGGAUUUGGCACAUAAG